GUGACCAAACUGAUAAAGGAUCUGGGCACGUUCUGCACACGGGGCCUAGAGAAUCAAUUUUCGCACGAAGAAAAAAGCAUGUACCCAAAUUUGAUAAAGUACAAAAUGAUUCGAACCUGUGCUCAGAACAAAAACUGCUUCACCAUUUACGUAAGCCCCAACUCGCUCAUUGUGUGCAUUUACAACUUAUUCGAGUACUCCCAGGUGCUGGACACUUCCAUAUCGAAUUUUUUGAGUAAGUACUACAUUGUCUAG